AUGAACCUCUCACCACCACCCCCUAAUAUGUUCACCGGCAGCCCUGAAGCCACUCUGGUUGGUGCAGACUGUCGAAUGGUUAUGACAUGUGGUGUAAAGUUUGAUUGUGUCGACUGUGAUGGGGACGACGAUAGACACAGUACAACAGGUGAGGUAAGGGUAGAGGGCGAGGGGUGGAGGUGGUGCUCUAUUUUCAGUAGUGGUGCAGAUUACCGAUUAUGGUGGUGGUUAAGUGUGAUGGUUUCAAUAGAUUUGAAGGAACGUAAUCUCAAUCAAAAUUUUCACUCUCUAAUUUCCUUUGCAAAUGGAUGUUCUUCGUUUUUCUCCCUCCCAAUUCCAAUCCCAGAAACUGAUACUAAAGUGACGAGAAUCGUGAAGCUCAUCAAGGGUAUUUUUGGAAACAGAGAAGUAAACCAAACGAAAAGUACUGAAGCUCUUGACCUCAUUGAAGAUUUUCACAAUCAGUACCAAUCAAUGUGUGCUAUGUACGAAGAUUUAAAAGGUGUAAAGAAAAAAUGCAACAACGAAGAAGAUAAAGAAGACAACGAGUCUUCCACUUCUUCAUCAUCAAAUUCAUUAAGCAUGGAAUCAGCAGGAUAUUUUUCCCCAGGUAGUGGAUCAAAAACACCAAGUCUUGAUAAUAUUCCAAAGGCGGCAGCAACAACAACAGAUGCUCAAAGUAUGAAAUCUGAGAAUUCAUGUUAUUCUUUAGAAGAUGUGAGUGAAGUUGUAAAAGAAACAUUAAGUGUUGAACCUGUUUGGAGUUCAUAUAAACCAGAAGAAAGAGAGGAAGAAGAAAGUGGUAGAGAAGUAGAGAAGCUCAUGAAAGAAAAUGGUGAUUUAAGAGAUAAAUUGGGUGAAAAGGAGAACAAAUAUCAGAAUCUAGAAAACAAAUCAUCUAGAAGGAUGAAAGAGCUUGAAGAUAAAGUUGUUGCUUUGAAGCAUGAGAUUGAGGAAUUAAAUCAUCAGGAACGGGAAGGAGAGUGCAAGGGUAGACAUGAUGAACUUCAUAAAAGAAAAGACAAAAACAAAAACAUGGGAUUUCAGAUUGAAUCUGCUGCAUUCAAAGAGAAGGCAAGUGAUGUUUUGAUGAAACUUGAUGAGUGUGAGAAGAUUCUCAAGUGUAAAAUCGAUGAAUCCAUGGGUCGUGUACAAAAUGUAAGAAAGGAAUUGGAUUUGUUAAGGUCUGGAAAUGAUGAAGAUCGAAAAAAGUUGUUGUAUGAAAAGGAAAAAGAAGUCGAAUCUUUGAGGAUUCAGAAUCAAGCAUCAGAAAUGGAGCUCAAGGGUAAAAUCGUCCAAUCCAUGGAACGCGUCAAAAAUAUGCAAAUGGAACUGGAUUCCUUAAGGCAUCAGAAUAAUGAAGCUCGUAAAAAGUUUCUGCAUGAAAAUGAAAAGGAUGUCCAGAGUUUGAGGAUUCAGAAACAAGAAACAGAAAUGGAGAUAAAGGAAAAGACUGAAAAGGUUGUAGAUGAGUUUGAAAAUAUUUUCAAGGGCAAAAUCGUCCAAUCCAUGGAUCGGUUGCAAAAUAUGCAAAUGGAAGUGGAAUCUUUACGAUCUCAGAACGUUGACGUUCGAAAAAAAUUAUACGAAAAAGAAAAGGAAGUCGAGUCAUUGAGUAUACGGAAUAAAGAAUCAGAAAGUGAGCUUAAGAAAAAGAGCAAAGAAGCUGCGGAUUCCCUUGAGGUGGUGGAAAAAUUAUCAGAGAAAUUACAGCAAACGAGCUUCAACCAAGAGGAUUUGAAACAGCAAGUAAACGAUUCCUCUGUCAUGAUUGCAAGGAUAAACGUCGAAAACGAAAAACAACAAACUACGAUUUCUCAACUAAACGACGAAAAUGAGAAACAACAAGCUACGAUUUCUCAAUUAAACCACGAAAAUGAGAAGCAUAAAACUAGGAUUGCUCAACUCAACAACGAAAAUGAGAAGCAGAAAUCCACAAUUUCUCAAUUAAACUCCCAACAUGAGAAUCAAAAAGCUACAAUCUCUAAACUCGACAACGAAAAUGAGAGGCAGAAAAGUACAAUUCUUCAAUUAAACGACCAGCAUGAGAAGCAAAAGGCUACAAUUUCUCAACUCAGCGACGAAAGUGAGAAGCAGAAAACUACAAUUUCUCAAUUAAACGCCCAACAUGAGAAGCAAAAAGCUACAAUUUCUCAACUCAACAACGAAAAUGAGAAGCAGAAAGCCACAAUUCUUCACUCUAACGACCAACUUGAGAAGCAAAAAGCUGCAAUUUCUCAAUUAAUGGACGAACAUGAGAAGCAAAAAGCUACAAAUUCUCAACUAAACGGUGAUACUGAGAAGCAAAAGGCUACAAUUUCUCGAUUGAACGGUGAAAAUGAGAAACAAAAAAGUACAAUUUCUCAACUGGAGAAAAAACUCCAAGCGAAAGAGACUCAGAUUACUAAUCUGGAAACAAAAUCGGAGGGAGUUAAGAAGGAACUAUCAAACAAGGUGAAAACGCUGGAGCACAAAUUCAGAUCCAUGGAGAUGGACAAAAAGGAACUGGAAGUAAAGAACGACGUGUUGGCGGUGACACUGGAGCAAAAAGACAUGCAGGCCGAUAAAAUAAACGAGGAGGUGAAAUCAACUUUCCGGGCAGCGGUGAAGAAAAUGGGAGAUAUGAUGACCGAAUUCCGGAAGUGUUCCGAGGAUAACAUCCUUAUUUUGAGCCGAAGAAUCCAUGUGGCCGAACAGCUUCAAAACGAAACGCGAGAGUGGUGCAAAAAAACAAAAGAUAAAUACGAGCAAGACAAAAUGGACAGCGACACCAACGUUCGCACAAUCAAGGUCCUGAUGACGAUGGUGAACGAGACAUUGAAGGUGACGGAGGCUCUAGGGCUCCGAUUCGUGGAAUGCUGUGAGACUUUCAUGAAUCGUGUGUCCAAGGUAUCGUGUGAGAUAAACUCUGCCAAGGAUUGGGUGAGAAGAAAGAAUGUGGCCAUGGUUCAGUUGAAGGAGGAUUUGGAUGCAGUUGUGGUGGAAUUGGAUGGUAAAGAAGAGGAGGUGCUUCGAUCCAGGCAAAAAGUCUUGAAGUUGGACACUAAAUUAAGGGAUUUGGAGAAGACUGUGAAGGAGAAUCAUGAAACUAUAAUUGUUCUCAAAGAGGAGAAAAGGGAAGCAAUCAGGCAUUUGUGUGUGUGGACUGAUUAUCACCGGAGUCGAGCUGAUUUUCUCACUAAAUCGCUUUCCGAUCUCCUCGCUAGAAACCACAGACCGGUUUAGUUUGAUGUGUACGUUGAUUGGACCAGGUUAGUCCUUAAAAUUUGAAUCCCACCCCAACUAGCUUCUUCAUAGAAACUAGACACCGGUUUUUUCUGGUAACAGAAUAACCAGACCGGAUUUACUUCAUGUAUACAUACAUAUAUGAUGUUUAUAACCCAACCCCUCCCCUUGUGUUGUUCAUUUUGUUUAUAAAAAGUUUCAUCCACU